CUGGCGAAGAGGGCAGUGCUUCCGGGUAGGUGCGAGGUGACCCUACACUGCUGCGGGGGUCUGCGGCGACAGCAGCCAUGGGAGCCCACCUGGCUCGCCGCUACCUGGGCGAUUCUUCUGUGGAGCCCGACCCCCUGCGGAUGCCCACCUUCCCUCCCGAUUACGGCUUCCCAGAGCGCAAGGAGCGUGAAAUGGUGGCCACACAGCAGGAGAUGAGUGAUGCACAGCUGACACUCCAGCAGCGAGACUACUGUGCCCACUACCUCAUCCGGCUGCUCAAGUGCAAGCGUGACAGCUUCCCCAACUUCCUGGCCUGCAAGCAUGAGCAGCAUGACUGGGACUACUGUGAACACCUUGACUACGUGAAACGCAUGAAGGAGUUUGAACGGGAGCGGCGGCUGCUCCAGCGGAAGAAGCGGCGGGAAAAGAGGGAGGCAGAGGCUGCCCAAGGCAAGGGGACCGGAGAGGUGGCUCCCGAGGUGGCUCUAUAGGGAGUCUGCCCACCCUGUGGACCAGUCAAAGAAAUAAAAUCCUCCAAGCCCUUCA